AUUCAAAUUCGGUGCUAAACCCUCAGAAGACUCGGCGCGCACGGGAAGUGUUCCGCCACCGUUCCAAUUCGGAACGCCUGCCAGCACAUCGGCUACCGCACCACCCGCACCCGGACUUGCCCUGCCCUCGCCAUUUGGGGCCGGUAUGCCCCAAAUCUCACAGAAUCCCUUCGCCAAGCCUAAUACACAACAGGACAGCGAAGAAGAAGAUGUCGAUGGGGAAGAAGAAGAUAUUGAGGAUGAUGGCGAUGACCAGGAUGAACCGGAGAGUGGCGCUGUGGCGGCGCCCAUGGGUUUCGCGAGUACAGUGUCGAGUGCUGUGAAAAAGGAGGACGGCCCUCGAGUGGAGGAGAAGAAACCAUCCGCACCCAUGUUUUCAUUCAAAGGAAGCGUCCCUGCUAAAUCUGCGUUUCCAAGUAGCACGGCGGAGCCCAAAUUUGCAGGUUUCGGCUUGCCGCCACCCAAAGCAAAUGUAUCAAAUGGCCUGCAAACCCCACCUCCCGCAUCCGAUAACGUGGAUACGGAUAAGCCGUCUGACCAGUUUCUGGCAGAUGUGUACGCCCUCAACCAGGAGCUGCUGUCCCGGAUAAAGGAGGUAGCACCUGACGUUGUGGUGGACCUGACACCGCUAUGUGAGUCAUACUGUAAACAAUACAAAGAAUUACAAACCGCCGACAAGUCGUCAGCGAAGUCGCCCCCCACAGAAGCAAUCGCAGCGCCGCCAAUAUUCGCCUCCACGUCACCCGCACCAGCGCAGGCUAAUUCCAGAACAAGCUUCUUCACAAACGCCGCAGCAACGCCCAUGCUGCACCCUAACAUGCCCAAAGCCUUUGCAUCGUCUGUAGCACCUCUACAAACUGCCAAAGCACCAGCCAGGUGA